AUGCUCAUUCUCGUUCUGGCGAUGAGAUUUGCUAGGAAGAAUCCGGACGAAGACAUUGGAGCCAGGCGCAAUUGCAUGGCACUGCUACCGGUGGGUCCAGAGCUGUUGGACCCGAUCAAGGCUAAGCCAGCAAUUUUAUCUGUGGCCCCCGUAUCUGCGAGGAGGUAUUGGGCUGCGGAAAUGGAGCUCAUAGCUAUCUACCUAGCGGUGUUGAAUUAUUCGGAUGAAGCAAUCUUGAAUGCGGGCGAAGAUUAUGUAUCGCUGUUGUCGUGCUCUUACAAUAACUUUGAGCAGCUAGCCGCUCAGUAUGUACCCGUGGCCCGUUCGCUGAUUUCCCGACUGAUGGAUCAAUUGUCACAGAAGUUUUACUAG